AUGGCGUCUCUCCUUGAAUCAGGGUGGCAGGUGAGGGUUAAACUCUGGCAUCUCUCCCUGCGUGGCUAGUUCUUCUUUUCUCAUCAUAUUCCUCCAUUAUUUGGCCGAGGCUGCAUGAUAUGUGCCUGGGGGUGUGUGUGGGGAUCUGUUUACGGAGUGAGGUUGGACGUUAGAAACGAGGCAUCUCUGUGCCUUUGUGUGACUGAUAAUCACUCAAUCGUACUUGUACGUGAAAAGCUAGGUUUUCCAGGCACUGACUGAUGAUGUUUUUUCGGAAUUGCCAGACUGAUCUGGUCAGAAUUAGUCCUGUUCUAUAAUUUGGAAUGUUUUCUUCUUCUAGGACAAUCGCCAUUGGUUGUACAUGUUGCGUGUUACUCGCCCACUAUAUAAUCUCUGCAUUAAUUGAUUUAGUUUCUGAAUGCUGUCUAUUCUGUUAUUGGAACACCAUAGAUAAUCCAAUGUAGCUAUUCAGAUGAUUAGGAAUCAUCUUUGGCAGAUAAGUUUUUUAUUGUUGUAAUAUUUUUUAGAGAAAAUCUCAUUAAAUUUCCCCUAAGAAUACUUGUAAAUGCCUGCACUGUUGGUCCUUCGUACUUGGACUGUGAACUAGAAGAUCUUUACGCGCCCCUUCUUAUAUUCUCCAGUAUAGCGCACAUCACAUGAUGUUACUAAACAGCGGACUGCAGCCUGCCUUUUAAUCGGUUUCAUUCUGUGCUCCAAAACAGUUGAUCAUGUCGGUUGAUCGUAGUCUUUUUUCCCCUUAAUUUUUUUCAGUUUGAUCUCUCUGGAACUUGACAUUUUAAAGAAACUGAGACUGAUUAAAGAAAUUUAAAAUGCUCAAAUUUUAUAGGUGGCUCAAAUUUUAUAGAUCCUCGAACUAUUGUUCCUAUUUUUCCAAUGUGGAAUAAUAUUCAUUUUAUGAUGCUUUUCCUCCUGCUCGUUAUGCGUACUCCAUGUGUAUGAAAAAAAAAUGCAAGACCAGGACUACUCGUAUGACCUAGUUGUGUCCUAAUGCCUAUAGAGGAAGCUGGAGUCCUUAUUCCAGUUACUUGUGCAGAUUAUUGAGUCUCCACCUUGAUAAAGAUACUCAAGGUUAUAAGCGGUUCUCAUUUUGAGCACUAAACUAGAAGUUGAAUGUUUUACUGGGCAUCCUCAUGGAUUAUUCUAGAAAUCCUGAAAAAUUUACGAUAGGUGACUCAACCAGCUUAGAUAAUCUCAUCGUCUGAAUGAGCAUUUUGGUUUGGGAUCAAAUUUAAUAUUACCAAAUGUUAACAUAUUAUCCUAUAUGGAAAGGUGUAUAGCUUUUUGCCGGUUCCAUUGAAAUAUGUUUUGAACAGUUCACAACUGAAAGUGAUGAGUAAAAAACGUAACUGGUGAUAAGAUGAGUUCUAUCUCUUUCUGUUUUGUCAAAUAUGUAAUGCCCAUGAAAUUCGCCCAAUUAAGCGACAAUGCAUGUGUGGAAAUAACCAUCUCAACUUUCCUGUGAAUUUUUUUUCUUUAUUUAGUACCUCUAUUGUACUUUAUAAUAUAUGUUUCUAAUUAUUAUCAUUUUUGUGUUACAUGUCAUGCAGUUUUUGACCACCCAUUUCAGUGAAUUUCAAUUAGCGUCCGUCGCCACUUUUCUCCUCCAUGAGAGCGUGUUCUUUUUGUCAGGGAUACCCUUUAUGGUACUUGAAAGGGCUGGUCUCUUAAGCAAGUACAAAAUCCAGGUUUGCUAGUCUUCUUUAUUUUCUGCUACAAAAGAAAUGAGCAUUCUGGAUAUGAAGUAUGUUGGACUUUGGUGAUAAGCACCGAGUUACUCCUUUAGUAUUUGUUACCUCUUGUGAGUGAUCGUUUGUGGAUGCAGAUACUUUCUCUAUUGGAAGAUAGGUAAGUUAUUCAAAAGAAGAUGUCUCUGUUGCAUAUUCAAUUUUUUAAAAAUAAUUUAUCUGGCAUCCUCAAUGUACAUUGUCAAACUGAAAAGAUCGUACUCUGAAUAUAAAGAUAUGUUGAAGUUUCUUUCAAGUCAUUCUUCCAGGGCGUAUUUAUCAUUGUAUUACUAACUUGUUCAUCUUCACUCAUUUUACACCUUUCCUCAUAGUCUUUUAUUGAACAUUCCACAUUUUCGUUACCCAUCAUGACGUAAAAGUGAUCACUCAUGAUGUGCAUGAUACCUCAUGAAUUGCAUUUUCUGUGCUGUAUUAUGGACUGGUUAAUAUAUCAUCCAUACUUGAAUUUCAUUUAAGAUUUUGCCGUAUUCUUCUUUAGAUUUCAUCCAGCUUUGUCAUAAGCUCCAUAACUACGUAAUUUCACACGGUUUUUGAUAGAAGAACAGCUUUGAGGACAUUGCCAUGGUAUGAUAUUGCCGAUGGCAUAGGAACUCUAUUUUCUCGAGGGUGAGCUCUCAACAUACAGAUCUUCACAAAUAAAACCAAGACUUCCUUCUACGUUUUUUUCUAGGCUAAAUAUUUGUGUGCCAUUUCAAAUAAAACCAAAUUGAUCUAUAAUCAAUUUGGAACUAUUGUCAAGAGGUUUAGAACAGAUAAUGUUAGAAACUAUUUCAAUUUGGCUGUCCCCUCAUACUUUGAUUAGAAAGGGAUAAUUCAUGAGUCAUCUUGUGUCAAUACACCCCAAAAAAAUAGGGUGGCGAAGAGAGAAAUCAGACAAUUAUUGGAUACAAUUAGAGCUCUUUUGUUUCAACAAAAAGUUCUGAGGCAAUAUUGGGGUGAAGCUGUCCUCACUAGUAUUCAUCUUAUUCAUAGGAUCCCAACAAAAAUACUAAAAUAUCAAAGUCCUAUGAAACUAUUGAGUAAAUUCGAUACUCAUGUGAAAUUAAAGACAAAUCUUCGUCCAAGGUUAUUUGUAUGUACUGCUUAUGUUCAUGCUCAAGACAUAGUGGAAAAAUUUGGUCCACAAUCUAGAAAGUGCACAUUUGUUGGGUACUCAACUACACAAAAGGUCAUCUCAGCUAGUGUGACUUUAAAUGAGUUGAAACCAUAUUAUGGGGUGAAAAAUCCACAAGAGUUAGAGAACUUGAUUGCUGCCACUGAGUUAUAGGACAUAAUGAAUUCGUGAUUCAGGAGACACCCAUUCCUAGAAUCAAAGAAAUAAAAGUGUAUAGGAGACAACCUAGAGUUGAGACAAAAUAUACCAGCUGAGAUGAAUGAUCUACCUGCACUGCAGAAAUAACCAGCAAAAGAAACUAGUCCAAGUAUAAGAGGCACAUCUCAAAUUUAUAAUACUGAUUAAGGAGAGGAUCGUCAGUUCACUGAAGCCAUUGAUGAGGAGCAACUAGAUUGGCCCAUUGCUCUACGCAAAGGAAAGAGAAGAAGUAUAAAUAAACAACUCUAUCCUAUGGUCAACUACCUAUCAUAUGAUAGGUUAACACCAUCAUACAAGGCUUUUCUCAUGAACUUGGAGACAAUUAUUGUCCCCAAGACAAUAGAAGAGGCCCUGUUACACAAAGAAUGAAGUCAUGCCAUGGAUAAAGUGAUUGAUGUACUAGAGAAGAACUGCACAUGAGACUUAGUCCCUUUGCCUUCAGGAAAAAAGGUGGUUGGCUGCAAGUGGGUAUAUACUCCCAAGUAUAAAGCUGAUGGAACAUUGGAAAGAUACAAGGCAAGGUUGGUGGUUAAAGGCUAUCCACAAUCUUAUGGAAUUGAUUAUUCUGAGAAGUUUGUUCCUGUUGCAAAGCUGAAUACCAUCCGGAUACUUAUAGCAUUGACAGUAAAUGUAGGAUAGGAAAUGCAUCAAUUUGAUGUGAAGAAUGCAUUUCUUUACGGAAAUUUGGAGGAAGAAGUAUAUAUGAAUGUACCCUCAGGUUACACAUUUACCCAUCAAAAUAAUGUUGUUUGCAGGUUGAAAAAAAAUCUCUAUAUGACUUAAAACAAUCACCCUGAACCUGGUUUGAGAGAUUCGCUCAAGCUAUGAAAGGAUUUGGGUACAUACAAAGCAAUGGGGAUCGCACUCUCUUCAUUAAGCGUGGUGACUAAAACAAAGUUACAGCCUUAAUUGUGUAUGUAGAUGAUAUUAUCACAAUAGGAGAUGAUACUGAGGAGAUUAAAUGCCUUGAACAAAAUCUAUUUAGAGAAUUUGAUAUCAAAUCCCUAGGAAGGUUAAAAUAUUUCUUGGGAAUUGAGGUUGCAUAUUCAAAAGGUGUAUUUCUUUCACAACACAGAUAUAUUCUUGAUUUACUUCAAGAGACUGGAGAAUUAGAGUGUAAACCUACUAAGACUCUAAUUGAUUCCAACUUAAUUUUGGAAGAAGGUAAAUACUCUAAUCAGGUGGACAAAAGCUCAUAUCACUGUCCAGAUAUAACAUUUGCAGUGAAUGUAAUCAGUCAGCAUAUGAAUGAUCCAAGGGAGAUACACCUUAUAGGCAGCAUAUUGAGUGUUGGCAUAUCUAAAGACAAUAAUAGGACAAGGCAUUAUAUUCAAAAAAGGAGGGAAUCAUUCUGUAAAAUCUACACCAAUGCUGAUUAUGCAGGGUGUGUUAUAAAUCGCAGAUCAACAUCAGGCUAUCGUACAUUUGUUUGUGGAAAUCUUGUGACCUGGAGAAGCAAGAAGCAACAAGUAGUUGCACGAUCUAGUGCUGAAGUAGAAUUCACGGCAUUGGCCCAAGGGAUAUGUAAAGGCUUAUGGAUUUGAGGUUUGCUGGACGAAUUGAGAGUCAAACGAUCAAAUCAUCUGAAAUUAUUUUGUGACAACAAGUCAGCAAUAGAUAUUGCCCGAAAUCCUGUACAACAUGACAGGACUAGACACAUUGAAGUAGAAACAUGAGAUGUAGAUCUGAUAUAUGUUGGGACAUCAGAACAGAUUGCCGACAUAUUCACAAAGGAACUCACAAGACCAAUAUUUCAAAGGAUGGUGUCCAAGUUGGGCACGGAAAACAACCAUACCCAACUUGAGAGGAAGAGGGGGUGUUGAACUCUCUAGGAUUGUUUUUCCUUUCUAUCUGUUUCUUUUCACUGUAUUUUCGUACCUCUUUUUCAUUCCUUAUCUUAAGUGGAUUCAUUAGAUUGUUAACGGAUCCACUUAAAGACUAAUGUAAUGGGCCUGGCCCAUUACCUCAUGUAACCUGUACUUAAGCGGAAGACCAAGAUAAUUGAUGUAAGAUUUGGGAUUGCGGAAAUUCUGCUCCAAGAAGUGGCGACUGAUUCAUCUUCCUUGAAGAGGAGGAUCGUGAAGAUCGAAUCCUUUCAUUCUCCAAGUUGUAAGAAUCUCAGUCAAGAUCAAUUCUCAACAAAGAUAAUUAUGGUUCUUGGAGCUUUUGUGGCCUCAACAAGCAAGAGAAAAAAAAAAUAGAUUGACGGGAUAGCUUAUACUGACCCCUUUCAUGUGCACCUGUCAUGGACCUCUAUCUCUUUACGACACAAGUUCGGGGAAAUUCUUUGCAAAGUGUGACGAUGAAAAUAUCGACACUAGCAAUACUAAUAACGUGCUUUGAGUUACAUAUUCCCGAAAAUAUAGUAUUUAUCUUAUCUGUUUUCCGGCAUUCGUUUGAUGCGUUUGGCUGUGCAUCUGUGCAGGGUAAAAAUAAUACCAUGGACGCUCAAGAAAAAUGUGUUCUACGCCUCAUUCUCUAUCAUUUUUGUGUCAAUUUCCCCGUCAUGAUCGUCUCUUAUCCCAUCUUCCGCUCCAUGGGGAUGAGAAUCACCCUGCCAUUGCCGCCCUGGUACCCCCUCGUCUCCUCCUCUCCACGGAAGAUCCCUAUAACAUUGCAUCCUUCAGAAUAAUUCUCGUCUGAUCCUCUCCAUCGAAGAUCCCUGCUACCUACCCGCCCCCCCAUUGUUUUUUUCCUCCCAAGUGAUUGACAGGGUGGUUCUCUGUUUCUCUGUCGACCUCUGCAGGAAAGUGGUCCUCUCCCAGAUCGUCUUCUACUUCAUCCUCGAGGACUUCAUCUUCUAUUGGGGCCACCGCGUCCUGCACACCAAGUGGCUGUACAAGCACGUCCAUAGCGUCCAUCACGAGUAAGAAGAGAUCUCCCGAGACUCCCCACGAAGCUGGCAUCCUUUUUUUCCCCCCUCUCCUUCAUCUCCCUGCUGAGUAAGUCAACUGCAGGUACGCCACCCCCUUCGGGUUGACCUCUGAAUACGCCCACCCCGCCGAGAUCCUCUUCCUCGGCUUCGCCACCAUCCUCGGCCCUGCCCUCACUGGGCCCCAUCUGUUCACGCUCUGGCUGUGGAUGGUCCUCAGAGUCCUAGAGACCGUGGAGGCUCACUGCGGCUACCACUUCCCUUGGAGUCUGUCAAACUACAUCCCCUUCUACGGAGGGUGGGUCUAGGAGCUUCUUCUUCCUCCGACGAUUUAUCUACCCAGAAUAAGUACUCACCCUGGUCUCUGUGACAUGCAGCGCCGAUUUCCACGACUACCAUCAUCGCGUUCUCUACACCAAAUCCGGGAACUACUCCUCGACCUUCACUUACAUGGACUGGUAAGCUCGGGCGAAACUCAGUUCUCCACUUCACCUCCUCGCUGUGAAUAUCGUACUAGUUUAUGCACGUAGAUGUAGUUUAUGCGUGUGUUUAUUGAAGUGACGAGAUCUUCUGCGCUGAGAAAAAACCAGGCUUUUUGGGACGGACAAAGGCUACCGGGCGGGGAAGGCCGCCCUCAAUGGCGAAGGUAAACAAGCCUAG